AUGUCUUAUUCUCGUUCGCCAGUGAGACGCCAUACUUCCAACGACUACAGUUCAAGCCGAUACAAUGAUCGCUCGGAUUCGCGAGAUCGCUAUCAAAAUGAUCGAUACAGUCGACGGGACGAUUAUGACCGGUCGAAUCGAGGCGAACAUCGGUAUGAUCGACGUCGAGACGACGAUCGCCGUGAUGAAAGGGAUCGCUCCGACAGAGAACGCAGACGUUCCUUGGCUGUAGAGGAACCCAAAGAUGAGAAAAUGGGUGAGCCGGAAUCGCCGCCAAAGAAGAAAAUACCCAUCUCCAUUGAAGAGUUAAUAGCUCAGAAAGAACAAAAAGAGAGAGAAGCCGUCAGGCCGAAAUUUUUGACCAAAGAAGAGCGUGCGAAACUAGCGAUCGAAAAACGACAAAAGGAAGUGGAAGAACAGCGACGACGCCAGGAAGAAGAACGACGAGCCAGAGAAAACUUUGAUUUAAAGGCAGAAGAUGAGUAUCGAAAAUUGCAAGAGCAGCGUCAAUCUUUACGCUAUGAACGCGAUCGCGAAAGAGAUCGACGCUCAGGACGAUACGAUUCACGAUCGGAAAAGAGAAAAGACAGAGAAAGAGAAAGCACCGCCGAUACAGAGAACCCCGAAACUGAAUUGACCGAGAAAGAGAAGCAAGCCAUUAGAGAACGUUACUUUGGCGGUGAACGCAAAAAACGAAAGAUUCGCCGCAUGAAUGAGCGUAAAUUCGUGUUUGAUUGGGAUGCAGGAGAAGAUACAUCGUACGAUUUCAACCCUUUGUACGCCAAUCGCCACAAUGCGCAAAUGUUUGGUCGUGGUCAUAUUGGCGGUAUCGAUAUCAAGGAACAAAAGAAGCAGCAGUCAGAAUUCUAUAACUCCCUAUUGAAGGAACGAAGAACCGAUGAAGAAAUGAGAAGAGCGGCAGAACUAAUCGAGCUCGACAAAAAGCGAGAAGCUCGUAUUCGUUGGGACGAUCGUCACUGGACCGAAAAGCCAUUGACUCACAUGACCGAAAGAGACUGGCGUAUCUUCAAGGAAGAUUUCAAUAUUUCGACAAAAGGUGGCAAUAUCCCUCAUCCUAUUCGUGGCUGGGACGAGUCCGGUCUUCCGACCAGGCUGCUGGAGAUCAUCGCAAAGGUCGGUUACAAGGAACCCACGCCUAUUCAACGACAAGCCAUUCCUAUUGGUAUUCAAAAUCGCGAUAUCAUUGGUAUCGCAGAAACAGGUUCCGGUAAAACGGCGUCGUUUGUCAUUCCCAUGUUGGCCUUCAUUUCAGAACUUCCCAAAAUGACGGAGGAAAACAUGACAGAUGGUCCGUAUGCCCUCAUUUUGGCGCCAACCCGUGAACUGGCGCAGCAGAUCGAAGCCGAAACUAUCAAAUUUGCGGCCCCGAUGGGCUACAACUGUGUGUCUAUUGUCGGUGGUCAUGCCAUUGAGGAGCAAUCGUUUAAUCUUCGAAAUGGUGCAGAAAUCAUCAUUGCUACACCUGGUCGUCUCACGGAUUGUUUAGAUCGUCGUAUCCUUGUAUUGAAUCAGUGUACUUACGUUGUCAUGGAUGAAGCAGAUCGUAUGAUCGAUAUGGGUUUCGAAGCCGAUGUCAAUACCAUCCUGGACGCGCUUCCGGUAUCCAAUAAGAAACCCGAGGGCGAGGAAGCGGAAAAUAGCAAAGCCAUGACCGAGACCUCUUCCAAUGGCAAGAAGUAUCGUCAAACCACCAUGUUUUCUGCUACCAUGCCGCCAGCUGUCGAACGCCUUGCCAAGAAGUAUCUUCGUCGUCCUGCCGUGGUCACCAUUGGUACAGCUGGUCAAGCGGUUGAAACCGUUGAACAACGUGUCGAAAUGAUCAGUGACGAAGGACGAAAGAAGAACCGUCUCCUUGAAAUCCUCAACUCCGGUCAAUAUGCUCCUCCUGUUAUCAUUUUUGUCAAUCAAAAGAAAGGAGUGGAUAUUCUUGCCAAGUCCCUCAACAAAAUGGGUCAGCAUGCAGUUACACUCCAUGGUGGCAAAUCGCAGGAACAAAGAGAGUCGGCCCUUGCCCAACUUAAGAGUGGCACAGCCGAAGUACUUGUGGCUACCGAUGUGGCCGGUCGUGGUAUUGAUGUGAAGAACGUUUCUCUGGUCAUCAAUUACGACAUGGCAAAGAACAUUGAAGAUUAUACCCAUCGUAUCGGUCGUACCGGUCGUGCUGGCCAAUCCGGUGUGGCUAUCACCUUCUUGAGCAAUAACGAUACCGAUGUGAUGUACGAUCUGAAGCAAAUGCUGAUGAAAUCACCGCUAUCCAAAGUACCAAACGAGUUGGCUCAUCACGAAGCGGCCCAAGCCAAGCCCGGUGCUGUCAAGUCCAAGAAGAAGCACGAAGAGACCAUCUUCCAAUAA